AUGGACAAUUACUUCAAAUGGUAUAACAUUUCGGAAGAGAAGAAAGUUAGAUUUGCUGAGAUGAAGUUGACCAGUAGAGCCAACCAAUACUGGACUAACGUAGAGCAUAUGUGGGAAACUAGAGGAGAAUAUCCCAUAGCUGACUGGGGAGCGAUGAAGCAAGAACUGAAAAGAAAAUAUCUCCCUUCCUCAUAUUACCCUAGACUCUUAAAUCGUUGGAAUAGGUUAACCCAAGGGAGUAAACCCAUUAAGGAAUAUAUCUCGACCUUUGAUGAUUUCUUGAUUUGUUGUAACGGGGAAGAGACUACCACUGCUACACAACUUCUGUCAAUGUUUCGAGCUGGAUUGAGAGAAGACCUUCGAAACGAACUGUUUUCCAGAGGAGUGAAUACCUAUGAAGCUGCCUGUAGUCUGGUACUAGACUUGGAAGAGUCCAGGAGCCAUGUCUCUAGGACCCAGGACUCUCGACCUAACCCAUUUAGAUCCUCUUCGAACCAACCUUAUAACAAGCCUAGCGGACCCUCGAGUAGUCGACCACCCUCUAGCCAAACCCAGCCUCGCCUAGACUAUAAAGGAAAAACACCUGAGCGAGAGACACCCAAAACCACUGCCGACACUAAGUGUUUUAGAUGCCAUGGGUACGAACACAUUGCUUCUCAGUGCUCCAGCCCGUUUAAGGUCACAAUUAUUGAAGAAGUGACAGAAAAAGAGGAUGAACCUGAAGCGGAAUUAGUUCACCAUAUUGACGAUGAUGAGGAUUUUUUUAAUGAGGAGGAUACUGCUGCGAUCCACUGCCUCCAACAGAUGAAUUACUUGGAUCUUCAAGUUGUUCG